AAUAUAUUAAGCCUCCAAAUAACCGGUAUUUAUAUUCGUGGGGCGUCCUCGUCAGUCCGAGCUUUCUCUUAAAGAAAACAAGCACGGCCCGCACCUGUGUCAAAAAAGCAGUUUCAGACAAUUUAAAGCCCAGACAAGAAGUGCGCGUGUUUUUUAUUCCGAUGAGGAUAUUAUUAAACGGGGUUCUAGAGCUCAUUUCUGCCGCGGUGGAUUUGGAAGCGGAUUUAUCCUAUUUGGGACUUGUCACUGGAGCAAAGGAAUACGGCAGAGACAGCAAAUCCGAUCGGAUUGACAGGUUCUUCAUCAGGAUGUUGCAGUGAUUGAGGUGAAACAUCUGGUCAUGAUGAUGUGGAGUUUUGGGAACCCGACCUGUACGAGUCAGGCCAACUGUUACAGCAAUGCUUCCAAAGACUACUGCUACUCAGCCCGGAUCCGCAGUACCGUGCUGCAGGGCCUGCCCUUCGGAGGUGUUCCCACCGUCCUUGCGCUGGACUUUAUGUGCUUCCUGGUUCUUCUUUUUGUCUUCUCUGUUUUGCGGAAAGUGGCAUGGGAUUAUGGCCGUCUGGCCCUGGUGACCGAUGCUGACAGACAGAAGAGAAGAUUCAGCGGUCUGGAGGAGCGGGAGUAUGUGGCUUCAGCUCUUCAUUCUGAAACGCCGGACCGAUACGAACGUCUCACCUCCGUCUCCAGCUCGGUGGAUUUCGAACAACGAGAUAAUGGCUUCUGUUCCUGGUUGACUGCCAUAUUCAGAAUAAAGGAUGAGGAGAUCCGGGAGAAGUGCGGUGAAGAUGCCGUUCAUUACCUGUCGUUCCAGCGGCAUAUCAUCGGUCUGCUGGUUGUGGUGGGCGUGCUGUCGGUGGGCAUCGUUCUGCCGGUCAACUUCUCGGGCAACCUGCUGGACAAUAACGCAUACAGCUUUGGACGCACAACAAUCGCCAACUUGAAUUCUGGAGAUAACCUUUUAUGGCUGCACACGUCAUUUGCCUUCAUGUACCUGCUCCUCACCGUCUACAGCAUGAGACGCCACACGUCCAAGAUGCACUACAAAGAAGAUGAUCUGGUCAAACGCACUUUAUUUAUCAACGGCAUCUCCAAGUACGCAGAAGAAAGCCAUAUAAAACAGCACUUUGAACAAGCGUAUGAAAACUGUGUCGUUCUGGAAGCGCGUGUUUGUUACAACGUGGCCAAACUGAUGUCCCUCAACGCUGAGAGGAAGAAGACUGAACGCAGUAAGAAGUUUUUCACGGAUCUGAUGGCUAAAGAGCACAUGUCCGCCAUGAUCAACCCCAAACCCUGCGGUCACCUGUGCUGCUGCGCCAUUACAGGCUGUGAAGAGGAGGAGGCUGUGAGUUAUUACACCAAACUGGAGGCCAAGCUGAAAGAGGAGUACAGGAAGGAGAAGGAGAAAGUCAACACCAAGCCGCUGGGCAUGGCGUUCGUCACCUUCCAGAACGAGGCCAUGACGGCGAUCAUCCUGAAGGACUUUAACGCGUGUCAGUGUCAGGGCUGUAAGUGCCGUCAGGAGCCGCGCUCCUCUCAGUUCAGUGACAGUCUUCAUAUCUAUGACUGGAGCGUCAGCUAUGCGCCGGACCCCCAAAACGUGCGCUGGGAGAAUCUGUCUUUGGGAGGAGUUUCCUGGUGGCUUCGCUGCUUCAUCAUUAACUGCAUCCUCUUCAUCCUCCUCUUCUUCCUCACCACCCCGGCCAUCAUCAUCUCCACUAUGGACAAGUUCAACGUCACCAAGCCUGUGGAGUAUCUGAACAACCCGAUCAUCACCCAGUUUUUCCCCACGCUGCUCCUGUGGGCCUUCUCCGCCCUGCUGCCCACCAUCGUCUACUACUCCGCCUUCUUCGAAGCCCACUGGACCAGGUCGGGCGAGAACAGGACCACCAUGCACAAGUGCUACACUUUCCUGAUCUUCAUGGUUCUCUUGCUGCCUUCUCUGGGUCUCAGCAGUUUGGAUGUUUUCUUCCGCUGGCUGUUUGACAAAAAAUUCCUGGCCGAAGCCACCGUCAGAUUUGAGUGUGUCUUCCUCCCUGAUAACGGAGCAUUUUUUGUGAAUUACGUCAUUGCGUCGGCGUUCAUCGGAAACGCCAUGGAUCUGCUGCGGAUUCCCGGUCUGCUCAUGUACAUGAUCCGGCUGUGUUUGGCUCGCUCGGCCGCGGAGAGACGCAACGUCAAACGGCAUCAAGCCUACGAGUUUCAGUUCGGAGCCGCCUACGCCUGGAUGAUGUGCGUUUUCACCGUCGUUAUGACGUACAGCAUCACCUGCCCAAUCAUCGUCCCCUUCGGACUGAUGUACAUGCUCCUGAAGCACCUGGUGGACCGGUACAACAUGUACUAUGCUUACCUGCCCUCCAAACUCGACAAAAAGAUCCACUCGGGAGCCGUCAAUCAAGUGGUGGCCGCCCCAAUCCUCUGCCUCUUCUGGCUGCUGUUCUUCUCCACCGUGCGGACAGGGUUUUUGACCCCGACGUCCAUGUUUACCUUCGUGGUGCUCAUCAUCACCAUCGUGGUCUGCCUGUCGCACGUGUGCUUCGGUCACUUCAAGUACCUCAGCGCGCACAACUACAAGAUCGAUACCAAGGACACGGAGAUCGACGGAGUGGAGAACGGACGUCCUGCUAGAUCCUCACCCUCCAACAAAUCUCAGCAGCAGAUGUACAUCGCUCAGGUCCUGCAGGACCCAAACUCUGACGAGACCGGAGCAGGCAGCGGAGAGGACGACGGCCAGGGGUCCUCGCAGGACGAGGAGAUGAUCAACGCCGGGAGCAGCCUAAACGAAGCCGACUUCCAGUCCGGAGAGGACAGUCUCAUCGCCAACGAGGUCCACCACUAGCCACAGCCGAGAGAACGACAAAGACCCGAUCACAAGGCCUCCAUCCGCACAUGUCUGUUUGUCCCCGUCGAACGCUGUGAACUGGCUCCAAACAUCAGCACCUUAGAAACCCACGUCUGCCAAAACACUCAGACUGUACAUAAGCACACGCUUACAAACCAUUUCGCACAUGUGCAUGAACACUCCGGCGACUGCUCGUUUGGAAGCUCAAAACCGAUUGCAAGAUUUCCCUUUUCGAAAAAAUUCCAAGUUUGGAUCAAAAAAAAUGCCUCAGGAAAUGGAAUAACGGAUGGGAAAAUGUCCUGUUUUUUGUCGCGCUCUUUCUCCCAUGAUUCGCCUUAACAGCGAUAGAUUUCCUAGUUGACGUCGCCGGCUUUAUUUGCUCGCUUUUUCUUGUUCUUUGCCUAAAUGAUUGGAUCUGGCAUUCCAAAGGAAACGUGCAAUAGCAAGAGCGUAUCGUCAGAAUUCGGCUUGAAAUCCGUCGGCUUUAGACUGCGUUAACUGUACAGAACACUAACAGACUGACUGACUCUCCUGUCGCCGCCAUUGAAAUGACUACAGCGGUGGCGUUCUUGAAUUCUUUGCGCUCCGAUUUGAACUUCUCCCCGAUGUACAGUAUUUCCAGAGACGCGCUGUGUGUUUGUGUUGUCACUGAAUGACCCAUAUUCUUACGUUUUGGUAUUUUUAACGCUAUUUUUGCCUUUAACGGAUGUGUUUGUCUGCCUGCAACGGAGUACUGACGUUCCCGUCCUCGUAGCGCAGUAGAAACCACUCGCCGCUCAUAACAUGACCUUACGGACUAGAUGCAAAACAGCGAUGGAGAAUCAGCGAUUCGAGGUGUUUGAGAAGAUUUGUAGUUUACCAAAUGCGUUUUAUCGGGAAACUGCCAAUUCAGAUCUUAGUUUAGAAAGCAAAUCCCUGUAGUUUGGAUCGUGUAAACGAGGACAGCUAGUGAAAAACAGGCUCUUGUUUGGUGCCUGCUUUUGUACGAAAUGUUUUGGGAGAAAUAUGGCGAUUAGUUUAGUGCUAUCGUGAUUAAUCGCAUCCAACAUAAAAGUUUUUGUUUACAUAGUAUAUGUGUUUGUACUGUGUAUAUUUAUUAUGUGUGUGUGUGUGUGUAUGUGUGUAUAUGUAUAUAUAUAUAUAUAUAUAUAUAUACAUGCAAAUAUUUUCAAAAUAUAUACUGUAUGUGUGUGUGUAUUUAUAUCAACAUAAUAAAUAUACAUAGUACACACAGAUAUGUUAUGUAAAUAAAAACUUUUACUUUGGAUGUGAUUAAUCGUUUGACAGCACUAGCUUAGUUGUUAACGACUGACUGAGUUUUUUAUUUAUUUUCUAGUUGUGUAGUUAAACCUGGUGAGAUUGAUCUAAUCCAAGUACUAAUAUUAAGAGAAAUGUAGCCGUCACAUGAAGCAUCUGACUGUCGAUACGCCGCAGCAACAAACGACGUCGCUCCAGUUUUAGCGAGCUAGAUGAGAAAUAAUAACGGCUUGUAGCCAAAAACCACCACUGAAGACUCAUCGCUAGAGGUUGCAAUGAACCCCAAGCUGAGAUAACACUUAAUUCUAAUUCAUAAAAGAAAAUGAUCAAGUGAAGAAUUAUCAUGCUUAACUUGAGGGUUUUGUUGCAGCCGGUCUCCAUUAUAUCUGUCUUAAAGAAAUAGUUCACCCAAAAAUGAAAAUGUGAUUACUAAGUCCUCACCCUCAGGCCAUCAAGAUGUAGAUGACUUUGUUUCAAUGGAUGCUCUGCAGUGAAUGGGUGCCGUCAGAAUGAG